GCAUUUGAAAUGUUGAACCACCGAAAGUAACGGAUAUAUAUGGAUAACAUUGUGUUUGUCAACUGUUUUGUGUUUUUAUUUUGAACAACGGUCGUUGUGUUUCCGGUCGUCACCUCGUGCGUAUUGACGCACCGCUGCUCCUCAGUGUGUAGUAGUCUCUAGUCGGGUAAGAAGCUGCAGAAGCGUGUCUCCACAAUGCGGGCGUGAAGAAGUGCAGCCUGUAGUAAUCGGGGAGAGGAGGGGAAACCGGGGCGGACAGGACAGCCGCGAGGGGUUCACGUACGCACGCACGCACGGACUCGCGGAGGGAAGCUGUCAAAAAUGUCGAACCGCAAGCACCGGGACAACCAGGAGAUUUGCUCACGUAAGGUCCGCGAGCUGGCCCAGUCUGGAGUAAACAAACACUGCUUCGAGUGCAGCCAGCCCGGGGUCACAUACACGGACGUCACGGUGGGCAGCUUCAUCUGCACGUCGUGCUCUGGAAUGCUGAGAGGCCUCAACCCUCCCCACAGAGUCAAGUCUAUCUCCAUGACAACCUUUUCGCAACAGGAAGUGGAAUUCCUCCAAAACCAUGGCAAUGAGGUUGGGAGGAGGACGUGGCUGUGUAUAUUUGACCCAAAGACAGACGCCUGCUCAGACAUGAAGGACUCGCAAAAGUUUAAGGAAUUUCUCCAAGACAAAUAUGAGAAGAAAAAAUGGCACUUUUCUAAAUGUAAAAACCGCCGGGAUGUGGAGGGUCCUUGGAGUCCAGGGGUCCCAUCCAUGCCCCCCUCCCAUGGUCCUUUGGCAGGGCAAGGUCCCACCCACAACGCCAGAGCUCCAAGACCACUGUCCCAGGCCCAGAUGCCCUCUUGGGACCGGGCACCUGCCAUCUCACCCGCCGAUAUGCGCACAGACGUGUUCACUGCCCGCCCACUGAGAUCCCAGAGCUUCAGGGACCCUCCUCUCAAAGACGCCUCUCUGUGUGGGAUUGAGAGACAGCGCCCGGGCUCUUUAUCGUCAGCGCUGGGAGGUCAAAGUCACGCCCCCUCUUUUCCUGCCCUCCCUCGACCUUCAGCCAGUAGCUCCUUCAAAAACCACUUCACGUUAGGUCGUACAGUAUCAGUGUCCGGCAUCACUGGGCCCUUCAGAGCCUUCCCCAAGUCUCUGAGCGUGGACUUCGGGGGUCUGAGCCAUGCACAGACACAGCCCCUGCCUCAGUCCCUGUCCCAACCGCAGCAGCAGCAGUCGGCCAGCGGGGGGCAGAUCACACCCCCUCUCAGCACCGCCAAGAACCAGGACAAGUACGCUGCUGUCUCGCAACUGGACAGUGUCUUCUCUGACUCACCAACACCCACACAACCAGCUCCCCCUGCUGGUGGACCUCCGCAAUACAGCAGCCUCUUUGGCAAUAGGCUCUCGUCCAGCUCGACUCCAGCCAGCUCUCCUGGGGUCGAUACAGUCUCCGGCUCGCAAACCUUCACAAAUUUCCCCAAUCCAUUCAGCUCCAGCUCUUCUUCCCAGCCGCCUGUCGCCCUCUCCCCCAGUAACCCCUUCAACAGCGCCCCCGGAGGUGACUCCGGAGCUUUUGUCACUUCACCCACUUCAGUGUUCCCUCCUCCCGUGUCCUUCCCUCCAUCCUCCUCUCACAAUGCAUUUCACGACACAGACUGCAACCAGGAAACCAACGGUUUUGCCUCUUUCUCUGUAACUGACUCUCAACCCAAAGUUCCACGGUCCAUGUCAGUCAAUCCUUUUACAGGGAAUGUUUACCCAAGUCGAGGAACGUCAAAAAACCCUUUCAUCUGAUCCCCUCACCCCUUUCUCUGUCUCUCACCCCUCUCUCUCUGUCUCUCCCCCCUUUUUCACCCUCUCACCCAGCGUUGGUCCCUGGGAACUAAAGCUGAACCUGAGGAGCCGCUGCCAUUUCAAAGGCUCCAGAGUAUUUUUGACCUUAAGCCCUGUCCAUGUUUACCUGUUUGUUUGUAGAGGAACUAACAAAAGACAUACUUAUAAAAUGUGUGUGUGUGUGCGCGCGUGUGUGUGUGUGUACAGGAGAGUGACGACCUGUUGUGUUUCAUGUUAAAGGUGCAUUGUGUAACUUUUCUGGUGGAGGGUCUGUCAAACGCUUUUCUCAGGGGAGAUGUUAUUGCUUUGUCUGGAAUGUCAGAAUGCCUAUUUUUCUAGGUAUUUUCAAGCUAUAAAACUACCUGUAAUUGAAUAAAUGUAAGGUAGAGCUGUUUAAUGUCAUACUGUGGAACAUUCCAACAUAGCAAUGGCACAUCCAUAGAAACAAGCAGGUGAUGGACCCCUACACAGAAAGUUACAUUGUGCAUCUUUAAAGCUGUUGUGUGCCAGUAGAUGCCACCUCAGGGCUCAAAAAUGCCGCCUAUAACUUUUGAAGAAAAAUGUUCCACACGUGUCACAGCUGCUGCUACUUUGCUUUCAUCUCCUGCUUAAAAAAGUGCAAAAACCUCCAGCCCGCCCAGUAAUACGUCUCCAGGAGGAACGCCAGUUGGUAACUCACCAGUUGAAAUGUUUACGAUGUAAUGAGAGGAGUUUUGUAGCUUUAACGGCCUCAACAUGCAUGAAGAACUAGAAGAAGAUGGAGGCGUACAUUUAUGUCUACAUUUUGUUCUGCAUUGGUAAUUUGGUUUUAGUUCUGUUGAAGGACAGUGUUUUGACUCUCAGGCUGCAUGCGCUUAGAGGGCUAAAAGGAGAUGCUACUGAAUGUAAAAGCAAAUACUAAAUUAACCUAGAUGUGUGUUUCAUCUCCAGUUAUCUACCGGACCAAUGUCUGUUUUGGUUUAACUUUGAGAUUGUUUUCCUUAAUUUGCCAAAAUGACUCAUGUAACAACGUCUUUGUAUCCACUGUUCAUAAAAUCAGUUGCUUCUUAAAA